AGAAGGCGGUGGCUUUUAGUGGAACUGUGGCGAGAGUAGGAAGAAGGUGAAUGCUCUCCGAGAGGAGGUGCAGAAGGAGCAGGAGCAUGCCCAAGAGAUGUUAAGGAAGACAGAGAAGGAGGUGAAGGUUCUCAGAGAGGAGGUGCAGAAGGAACGCAAGGAGCAGGAGCAUGCCCAAGAGAUGUUAAGGAAGACAGAGAAGGAGGUGAAGGUUCUCAGAGAGGAGGUGCAGAAGGAACGCAAGGAGCAGGAGCAUGCCCAAGAGAUGUUAAGGAAGACAGAGAAGGAGGUGAAGGUUCUCAGAGAGGAGGUGCAGAAGGAACGCAAGGAGCAGGAGCAUGCCCAAGAGAUGUUAAGGAAGACGGAGAAGGAGGUGCAGAAGGAACGCAAGGAGCAGGAGCAUGCAGAAGAGACGUUAAGGAAGACAGAGAAGGAGGCGAAUGCUCUCAGAGAGGAGGUGCAGAAGGAACGCAAGGAGAAGGAGCAUGCAGAAGAGACGUUAAUGACGAAAGAGAAGGAGGUGAAUGCUCUCAGAGAGGAGGUGCAGAAGGAACGCAAGGAGAAGGAGCAUGUCCAAGAGACAUUAAGGAAGACAGAGAAGGAGGCGAAUGCUCUCAGAGAGGAGGUGCAGAAGGAGAAGGAGCAUGCAGAAGAGACGUUAAUGACGAAAGAGAAGGAGGUGAAUGCUCUCCGAGAGGAGGUGCAGAAGGAACGCAAGGAGCAGGAGCAUGCCCAAGAGACAUUAAGGAAGACAGAGAAGGAGGUGAAUGCUCUCAGAGAGGAGGUGCAGAAGGAGAAGGAGCAUGCAGAAGAGACGUUAAUGACGAAAGAGAAGGAGGUGAAUGCUCUCCGAGAGGAGGUGCAGAAGGAACGCAAGGAGAAGGAGCAUGUCCAAGAGACAUUAAGGAAGACAGAGAAGGAGGUGAAUGCUCUCGGAGAGGAGGUGCAGAAGGAGAAGGAGCAUGCAGAAGAGACGUUAAUGACGAAAGAGAAGGAGGCGAAUGCUCUCCGAGAGGAGGUGCAGAAGGAAAGCAAGGAGAAGGAGCAUGCAGAAGAGACGUUAAUAACGACAGAGAAGGAGGCGAAUGCUCUCAGAGAGGAGGUGCAGAAGGAACGCAAGGAGAAGGAGCAUGCAGAAGAGACGUUAAUGACGAAAGAGAAGGAGGUGAAUGCUCUCCGAGAGGAGGUGCAGAAGGAGAAGGAGCAUGCAGAAGAGACGUUAAUGACGAAAGAGAAGGAGGUGAAUGCUCUCCGAGAGGAGGUGCAGAAGGAGAAGGAGCAUGCAGAAGAGACGUUAAUGACGAAAGAGAAGGAGGUGAAUGCUCUCCGAGAGGAGGUGCAGAAGGAACGCAAGGAGAAGGAGCAUGUCCAAGAGAUGUUAAGGAAGACAGAGAAGGAGGUGAAUGCUCUCAGAGAGGAGGUGCAGAAGGAGAAGGAGCAUGCAGAAGAGACGUUAAUGACGAAAGAGAAGGAGGCGAAUGCUCUCCGAGAGGAGGUGCAGAAGGAGGAGCAUGCAGAAGAGACGUUAAUGACGAAAGAGAAGGAGGUGAAUGCUCUCCGAGAGGAGGUGCAGAAGGAGAAGGAGCAUGCAGAAGAGAUGUUAAUGACGAAAGAGAAGGAGGUGAAUGCUCUCCGAGAGGAGGUGCAGAAGGAAAGCAAGGAGAAGGCGCAUGCCCAAGAGAUGUUAAUGAUGAAAGAGAGGGAGGCGAAUGCUCUCAGAGAGGAGGUGCAGAAGGAGAAGGAGCAUGCAGAAGAGAUGUUAAUGACGAAAGAGAAGGAGGUGAAUGCUCUCCGAGAGGAGGUGCAGAGGUGGAGGAAGGGGAGCUCCCCACAGAGUCAGAGGAGCCACACCGAGGAGGUGGAGAAGGAGAGAGGAGGAGUUGCAGAAGCUGAGACCCAGAGCCAAGCAGAGGAGAACCAGGAGACAUGCCGAAGGAGGAGUUGA